AGAACACAUGCCCAAGGACUGCAAACGACUCUGCAAACAAAUAGAGCGUGGCAAUGGAAUGAUCUAUACCUACAUGCUACUGGAUAUAAGAAUACGAACCCAGUAAUUGGACAACGUCUGAACUCCAGGAAACUUCCAAACGGACCCUUGGAAACCAUUCCUCUCCUGUGCAUAUUUCGAAGAUAGCGCUUCACAAAAUGGAACAACCUAUUCCAGGACGAUCGACUGGUCUCACGAGAACUUCAAAUCCCCAUUCUCACAUCCAGAGUAGCCUUGGAAAACUAUCUUUUGGAGCGCUGGCAAAGGCCCAAGAUGCCCUCGAUCCAGCUUCUACGACCAGCGGGAAACGAAAGCGUCCUGACCCUCGAGAGUCGCGAAGAUCUACACAGGUCCAAAGGGGUGCAAAGGACGGUCGCAAUGAGAAGAGGCCAAAGUCGUCCAACACCUCCGUUCACAUCGAUUCAUUACGACGAAAGCAUACCCAACCAGAGGGACCCGAAGACGAGUCAUCUGAUGAUACAGAUACCUCUAACUCUUCCGAUGAGGAUGAUACCAAUCCACGAGCCAGAUCAUCUAAACACGCUCCAGCGAGUCUACCCAGCAACCGACCAGUAACUCGUCGUCGGACCAUUUUGAACUCCGAAGCCCGUCGCUCUCGAGAUCCGCGUUUUGACCAUGUCGCAAACAAAUCCAACAAUCCUCACGCAACCAACCAGUACGGGUUCCUUCAGCAAUAUCGCACUUCGGAAAUGGAUACCCUACGGGAGCAAAUCCAAGAAUCGAAAGGCAAAGGGUCGAAAGGAAAGCCGCCCGCGAUCACUGAAGCGGAGGGGGAGGUCCUGAAGCAAGAACUGCGGCGGAUGGAGGAUCGGGAGCGAACUCGAACCGAAAAGGAACGGCUUGCGGAACUAUCGCGAAAGCAUCGGCAGAACGAGAAGGAGCUGGCGAAGUCGGGCAAGAAAGCAUACCACCUCAAGAAUUCCGACUUGAAGCGUCUGGCUCUGACGGAGAAGUUCACUGAGAUGAAAGGCAAGGAUCGAGUGAGGGCCGUGGAGCGACGGCGCAAGAAGCAAGGGGCUAAAGAAAAGAAAGCCAUGCCAGACGAACGUAGGGCGCCAGGGUCAUAAGCUUUUGCUGGCGUUGUCUAGCCUUGAGAGCGAAUACUAUCAAGUAUCUGUAUUGCCUGAUUUCAGAACAUGCAGCCCCAUUAUCCAAGCAUUUUUGAUAAGCGAGGGAGAUCUUGAGCCCCAACUCGGACCUAAGAGCAGUUGGUUCGGAAGAGUUUCCUCUUCCGUCGAGC